ACGCAUGACUCUCGAUCAAGCAAAGGUUCGUCAAUUUUCAUUCUGCGCGUAUUUGCCCCCAUAUCUCCCAUUUUACGUGUAGCGGUACGUGUGGUUCCUGCGGGAUAUUCCACAUCACCAAGAAUGGCUUCGCCAAACAUCACCCUCCAGGAUUGACAUGGUGGAGGUUUCGGAGUCUGACACCCGCACUGCGAUGACCACCGUCCGCUUCAGCUGGGGCUGGCCAAAGCGCCUCACACGUCGCCUAUCCUCAUUAUUCAAGGGCGUUCGUCCUUCGCGUGCCACGUCAUCACGUCCUGAUGAAGACGACUUUGGUGUGUGUUCCUCGCCUACCAUUGCGGUAGAGCGGCACAAAAGCGUUAGUGCGCGAAUGUCAAGUUCAGAAUUCGACGAGGAGGGGAAGCGCCGUGGUAUUGCACGCUCUGUCAUUGUGCGUAACGACUCAACGCCAAACAUGGGAAGGAGAGAAGAAUCAAUCGAGAGGUGGGCGCGGAAUGCAUCCAUGAGCAGGGCGCGUGACUCCAGUCGCCCUCCUUCACGACAGAGAGAAUCCAAGACCCUUCUUCCACUUGAUCAGAGCCAACCUGGUACAUCAUACUCUCCAGGCUCUACCAGCCAUGGUAGAGACAACGCCAAUACUCCCCUUCGAGAUGAUGCGAUGUUCUUGGGCGCUGGUGGCGUGUGCAAUGACCCGAGCAGCCUCAUUUCGUCAAACUUGCCUUUAGGCCUCAAUCAAUCAAUUUGUCACUCUCCCGCUGUAUUACGACACCCACAACCUGAACGCAUCCACAUCGCUCCCCCGACUUCAGUUGUUCCUGAACCGUCCUUGCACGACUCUGGGCACAGCCGGCAUCUCACUGUUCGGUCUGCUACUCAAAGCCCCAGUCCCUUACAGCAAGUCGCAUACGAAUCGGAAUCCAGCACGACGAGCGAGGACGACUACGACGACCUCGACGACGACUCUAGUUUCUUUCGCGAUACUCACAGAGAUCGCCAAGCGGAAUCGGAGGCUUUACAGGCUAGCACCAGCCUCAUGUACGGGGGGGUAGAUGAGGAUGAGAGCGACGAGGAGACGGUUCCUAUUGAAGUAAAGCGGCGGCGUCCAUCUGUUUCCGUCACGGCUGCUUCCCCCGUACCUGUUUCUGACUUCUCAGAUGACGCCCACUGAAGUCGAGGCAAGCAAUUUUCUGUACAGCACUUUCAACACAUUAUGAUAUCUCUCGGACUGUCACCUAGACGACUCCUCAUCCUCCCUCUGCACCAUACCGGCGGACGGCCGCUUGCAGUUUCCACUCAUUCCUGACUUAAACUCACAUCCAAUUUUUCUUCUAGACCUAUGUAUUUCCACUGCAUCUGUGAUUUUAUACUCUUUUUUGCUUCCCUUCCAAGAGGCAACAUAGAUUUAGGUAGCUUGCUAAAUGUUACUGGCGGCAAGGAAACCACAAAAUCUACCCGGUGUUCUUACACAUGAUAAGCCAUGCCCCACGACUCAUUUAAAAAUAUCUGACUAAGUAUGUACGUAUUGGCGCUCGUAAUUAUCGUCCUACUCGUUCCCAUCAUCUUUUCUGAAGCCCCAAUAUUAAUAAGAAUCAAACUAUAGCUUCCCGCGUCGUGACAGCCCUUGUUAGACAUUUAUGUAACUUACAAUGGAUCAGCAGG